AUGGAGGAAGGAUAUGAGGGCAUGAGCGAGAAGGAGAUGAUGAAGACAAUGAUGAGGAUGAUGAAGGAAAUGAAAAACGACAUGAAAAACACCGGGAAGGAAAUGAAAGAGGCGAAAGACAUGGCGCUGCAGGCCAAGUACUCCGCGAGCAUGGCAGAGGAGGCCGUGAUUAAGGUCAAGGGGGAGAUGUACAUCAUCAGGGACACCACCAUAAAGAAGGCAGAUUUGCCGAACAUGGUGAAGGACAUUGUGAAGGAGCAGGCGCACCAGCCGCAGGAGACAAAGACGGUGGAUAUGCAGGACAGCGUCAGGGAAUUACAG